AUGCGUUUUUGCUGGUGGAGAUCCUAGAUCAAGGGGCAGUACAGUACACUUGGAACUACGUCGAACUACUCUGUUACUGUUACUCAUGUGCGUGGUAUCGUUCUCAUAUCGAACCGAACAGUACCCUUCCGCCAAGACUAUUAUCGUCACUCAGAAUUCCGAACCAUCUUCCAAAAUGGGCAAGAGAAAAUCCUCAAGUAAACCAAUGGCCAAGAAAGGGCCCGGAAAGAUCGGCCAAUCUUUCGACUGUGUCUACUGUGCUACAGACAAGUCGGUCAACAUGACCUUCUCGAAACCUAAUAACCGAUGGCACCUCCUGUGUGGAGCCUGUGACGCUACGUGGGAUAUGGACUGUGGACCAGGUCAAAAGCUAGAACCUAUUGAUGUGUACUAUGAGUGGAUUGACGCUGCGGAAGAAGUCAGGCAAGAAGAAGAAAAAGCCAGGCAGGCUCAGGCUGCACGACGCACGACCCAGAAAAAGACGACCGCAACGACCAGGACGCGAUCAGCCUCGCCCGAUCGGAAUCGGACACAACGAGGCCGAUCCAGGAGCGAAGAGAGGGAGAGGGAGCGGGAGGCUGCGCAGCGAUUACAGCGGGAUUUCGACGACGAUGAUGACGAUGAUGACGCCGAGGGCGAGGACGAUGAUGCUUAUUAGGAUUUGGCGUUUGACGCGGCCCGUGGUCGCUGUAUGAGCUUUGCCUUGGUUCCAAAUCUGUAUACUACCAAGAGCGCGGACCUCUGUGUCGAUCAUCGUGUCGCAUACUGUUGAAUGGCAUGAAUGACGAUGAUAUGUGUUGGCUGCUCA